CAGUUUCGUCGUUUAUCGUAAAAUUUAGCAAAAUAAGUAAUUUCUCUUAUUGGUGUAUUGAAUUGUAAAAAAAAGUGUAAAUAGGUGGAUGAUAUUGUUAAAAUUUAAAGUUUGGGGAUGACAAUACAGAUUGGUCUAUAGUUGAUAGAUUGUUUUGCAAUUAUCCCAAAUAUAUAUGUAGACAUAGUUUGAAAUCGAAUCUAACCGGUAAAAAAAUAUUUUACGGGAGUUUUGGUUCCAAACCCGCUUGUGGGCGGUGGCCGGUGGCCAUUGAUUGGUAAUUUGAUUUGGGAAGGAUAGAGAUUGUAAUUAUAAUGGUGUUCUUUUAGAAAUUUCUUGGAUGAUUUUCUAAGGUUUGGAAUUUUGAUUUAGCAUGAGAUAACAAGGGGAAAAAACAAAUUGAUGAGACGGAAAUGGCUUCGCCGAACGAUGAAGAGCCAAGCAAUAAUAAAGGGAAUAUGUGGGCUUUGCAACAGGAGCUUGAUCAACCUAUGGAUGAAGAGGCUGGCAAGCUUAAGAAUAGGUAUGACAACAAGAUUUCGACUUUAGUUCUUCUGCAGCUUGCUUUCCAAAGCCUGGGAGUGGUCUAUGGAGAUUUAGGGACUUCUCCCUUGUAUGUUUUCUAUAAUACAUUUCCUGAUGGAAUUGAGGAUCCGGAGGAAGUCGUUGGAGCUCUAUCACUGAUUAUAUAUUCUCUCACUCUUAUACCACUCUUGAAGUAUGUCUUUAUUGUGUGUAGAGCCAAUGAUAAUGGUCAAGGAGGAACGUUUGCAUUGUAUUCUUUACUAUGCCGGCAUGCAAAUAUAAAGACUAUUCCCAACCAAGAUAGAAGCGAUGAAAAGCUAACAACUUAUUAUCAUUCCACCUUCCGUGAAAAAUCAUUUGCUGCAAAGACAAAGAACUGGCUAGAGAAAAAUGCACUUAGGAAGAAUGCCCUUCUUGUUCUUGUUCUUGUUGGCUCUUGUAUGGUUAUCGGAGACGGGAUUCUCACUCCGGCAAUUUCAGUUUUAUCUGCUGUUAAAGGAAUCAAGUUGGAGCAUCCUAAGAUUAGUGACGAUGUAAUUGUCACUAUUGCAGUUGCAAUAUUAGUAAUUUUGUUCAGUGUGCAACACCACGGUAUAGACAAAUUCAGCUGGCUCUUUGCCCCAAUUGUGCUCCUCUGGUUUGCUCUAAUUGGAAGUAUUGGCAUAUUCAAUAUUUGCAAAUAUGAUAGGAAUGCUCUUAAAGCAUUUUCACCAGUGUAUACCUAUUGGUAUUUGAGAAAAGGGAGGAGAGGUGGCUGGACUUCCCUUGGAGGUAUUAUACUUAGUAUAACAGGAACAGAAGCACUUUUCGCAGACUUGUCUCAUUUUUCAGUCGCAGCCAUACAGAUCGCUUUUACAGUCAUAGUAUUUCCAAGCCUUCUUUUAGCUUAUACUGGACAAGCUGCCUACCUCAUGAAAAAUAAAGAUAAUGUAAAUGAUGCAUUUUAUCUGUCUAUUCCAGAAAGCAUGUAUUGGCCAGUACUUAUAGUUGCAACCUUUGCUGCUGUUGUUGCUAGCCAGGCCACUAUAUCUGCAACCUUUUCAUUGAUCAAGCAAGCUCUUGCUGUUGAUUGCUUUCCAAGAGUUAAAGUUGUUCAUACAUCAAAGAAAUUACAAGGCCAAAUCUAUAUCCCGGACAUCAAUUGGGUUCUUAUGAUUCUCUGCAUUGCUGUCACAGUUGCAUUCAAAAAUCAAAUCCAAAUAGGAAAUGCUUCGGGUGCUGCAGUUGUUAUCGUCAUGUUGGUAACAACAUUCCUUAUGAUUCUAAUCAUGCUAUUGGUAUGGAGAUGGCAUUGGUUUUUUGUGCUAAUUUUCACCACCUUGUCUAUUCUCGUCGAGGGCACUUAUUUUAUUGCUGUGCUCUUCAAGAUUAAUCAAGGAGGUUGGGUUCCUCUCGUCAUUGCUGCAGCUUUCUUUAUAAUCAUGUACUUUUGGCAUUACGGUACUUCAAAACGAUUUGAGUUCGAGAUGCAUAGUAAGGUUUCAAUGGCUUGGAUUCUCGGACUCGGCCCUAGUUUAGGGCUCGUAAGGGUACCUGGCGUCGGACUUGUCUAUACUGAGUUAGCACAUGGGGUACCCCACAUCUUUUGUCAUUUCAUCACCAACCUGCCUGCAAUACAUUCAGUUCUCGUUUUCGUUUGCGUUAAGCAUCUUCCUGUCUAUACAGUUCCAGAAGAAGAAAGGUUUCUUGUGAAGCGAAUCGGACCAAAGAAUUACCAUAUGUUUCGUUGUAUUGCUAGAUAUGGUUAUAAAGACCUUCACAAAAAAGACGACGAGUUCGAAAACAAGCUAUUCGAGAAACUUUUCUUAUUGGUUAGACUCGAUUCAAUGAUGGAUCAUUGUUCGGAUUCAGAUCAAUAUAGUUCAGAUGGUGAAGAGAUGCAUAUUGAUCAGUCAAAAGAUGAUGGUAGUAGUGAUGCAGUUUCUUCUGGUGUGGAGUGGACCAUGGGAUCUAGCACAAUGGAGAAUGAAGGUAGGAACCAAAUGGAUGAUGAAGAUGAUGAGUUGGCAUUUCUAAAAAAGUGUAGAAAUGCUGGAGUAGUGCAUAUACUAGGAAAUGCAGUAGUUAUAGCAAGGAAAGAUUCAAGAUUCUAUAAGAAAAUAGCAAUUAAUUAUGGAUAUUCAAUCUUGAGGAAGUUCUGUAGGGGAAAUAGCAUGAUUUUAAAUGUUCCCCAUGAAAGUCUUCUCAAUGUUGGACAAAUUAUUUAUGUAUAAUUAAUACUUGGGGAGCUCUUAUAGUGAUAAAUAAAUACAAGUUAAAAAUCAUUUUUACUACCAA